AGCUGCCCGUCUUUUACCGAUAGGACAGUUCUUGAUAGUAGUAUCUACUGGUCUAGCAUCAUGAAGAUUUUUGCCUUUGCUCUCGUUCUCCUGGCCGGUCUGGCGGUGGGUGCGGAGGUCGAUAGUGCCCCGGAAGUGUCAGCGGAUCUGGAAGUGCCAGCCGAUCUGGACGUUCAGGAACAACCGGAAGCUCCUAUCCAACCGGAUAGCGCUGUGGAUGCAGUUGAGGAACCAUCAGAACCAAGCGAGGGCCAAGCACCAGAGGAACCAGCGGCUCCGGAACAAGAGCAGGAGGAACAAGAUGAGGAGGAAGCCGACGAAGAAGAUUCAAACUCCGACGAAUCGGAAGAGCGCGAUGAACUGGAAGAUGUGCAAGUAAUUGCGAAGGAGCUAGAAGAGCGCCAGCAAGAGUUGGACCAUCUGAAACGGUUCCUUGUUGGACGUCUCCAGGCCACAGCGAUUCGUCGUCCCUGGGUUCGGCGCCGUCCUUGGCCUUGGACUCGUCGCCCAAGAACUCUCCCUCGCUUAGUGCUGUAGAGAGCGAUUCAAAUCAACAAUACGAUAAAGCAGUAGAUCAAACCAUACCAGCGAAAAUUGUCAUGCAAUAAAAUUUCAAUCUAUAGUUCCCUGCAA